GUGCUGCCUGGUCGAAGGCAUCUGUGUAUACGUAUCAGUCGUCCAACGGCCAGUCGUCACGUAUUGACGGUCAGACGCGAAUGAGGACACAUAUCCACAAUUGCCCCGAGCACAAGUAAUGCGUCUCACCCAAGCCGGACAGCGAACGUCCUGCACGGCGAUUCUGCUAGCGCUGCUCUGUAUACUCCACGUGGUCAGUGCUUGUCUUCCUGCCAAUGGGUCCGAUUAUCCGUGCAAUUCGACCACGAUCUACGAGCUGACUUCACUGGUACGAGCGAGAAGGCAUCCACUACGGACCAAAUGGAACUCUGUAUCAAGAAAGCCAUUCCUGAUCAUCGGCUUCGUAGUUUCGGGAUUCUUCGCUGUCGGCUUAGUUGUCGUCUACAUUAAGCGCUUUCACGGCCAGCUUUGUCACCGGACAACAUCUGGCAACUUGGGACAGCACACGGAGCUGUGGACAGUGUUGCCGCCCCUUUACGAGGAUGUCAUCAAGGAAUCAUGGGCAGCCUCCAAGGCGGGCAGAAGAGUAUCCGGUGCCACUCCUCCGCCAUCGUACGAUGAAGCCUCCAAAACUUUUCCGUUUCCCAGCCAAGUGACCAGGAUAUGAGUCCUAUGGACGUGUGCAAGUUUCAAAAGCUGGUCUGGCUUCUGUGGGGGCAAACAUGUUUUGUUUGGGCGGCAGUCUCCCAACCAUGGACA